ACCAUUAUUUAAAAGAAGAAAAAGUUUUAUUAAUUUUUUUUUUAUCUACAUAAAUAAUUAGUAAAUAUAAAAAUAUAUUUUUACUCCAACUAUGUGACCAAUAUAAAAAUAAUUAUCUUUCGGCCUUCGACGUGUAAAUAAUAUAUUUAUAUAAACUGACUGAAAUGUCUCGACUAGCCGAUUAUUUUGUGGUCGUUGGAUACGAUCAUGAAAAAGAACGGGGUGGAAAGAGCAAAGGAAUUAUUGUUCAACGGUUUCCAGAAAAGGACUGGAAAGAUACGCCAUUUAUUGAUGGAAUUGAAUGGUUCUGUCAACCACAAGGAUGGUCUUUAUCGUCAGAAAGGCAAGAACCUAGAUUUUUUGUUUUUGUUCUUACUGAUGUUGAAGCUGAACGGCAUUAUUGUGCCUGUUUGUGUUUUAAUGAAACUGUAUCAAUUACGCCCAGUAAACCUGUUGAUGAGGCAAAAGAUGGUGUAGUGGAAAAUAUAGCCCUCGUAAGAAACAAUCUAUCAAAUCAAAGACAACAUCACAGCAUUAUGUAUGCUCCUAAAUGUUUGGUUUUAGUAUCAAGACUGGAUUACAUAGAAACAUUUAGAAACUGCUUAGGCAUAAUAUACACAGUCUAUGUAGACAACGUAGAUACUCCAAUAGAAAAUUUAGUUGGAAACAUGUUGGGUUGUAUACAAGUUCCUAAGCCCGGAGGACCACAAGUACGUUUUAGUAUAGGCGCCGGAGAUAGACAAGCUUUACAACCUCCGUUGUCUCCUACCUUACCCGUUACCAAAAGUGCAGUUUACCUGCUCUUCCAAGAACUGGGUAUUCAUAAUGUUGUUGUGUUAUUUUGUGCUGUUAUGACCGAACAUAAAGUUUUAUUGACUUCUAGAAGUUAUACUAGACUUACUGAAGGUUGUGCUGCUCUUGCAGCAUUGAUGUAUCCAUUUAAGUACAGCCACGUUUAUAUUCCAUUGUUACCUGCUGGAUUGGUCGAAGUCUUAUCGACACCAACUCCAUUUUUAAUGGGAGUUCAUGCAUCUUUAAAAAUGGAUAUAUCGGAACAAAUGGAUGUAAUAGUUGCCGACUUGGAUGGCGGUAGUAUUCUCGUACCGGACAGCAUAAGCCUUCCACUUCUUCCUGAACCACUACUAACACAAACUCAGGAUUGUUUAAGUCUUGUGUUACAACCAGAGUUAUGCUGUGCUGAUCAUGCGUUCCCUCCAAAUUCUAAUACUGUUCAACCACCACCGCCUACACUCAUCGAUAAAGAAGUACGAGCAGUUUUCAUGAGAACAUUUGCUCAACUUCUUCAGGGUUAUCGUUCUUGUUUGACAAUAAUUAGGAUUCAUCCAAAACCUGUCAUCACUUUUCACAAAGCAGCGUUUUUAGGAGAAAGAUGCCUCAUGGACGAUGAAUUUACUACUAGAGUGUUAGACUGCAUGUUUUUCAACAGUUUUGUUUCCGAACGAGGACCAGCUUGGCGAUCUUGUGAUCAGUGGGACGAAUUAUAUUGUAACAUGAACGAACUAAUUAGAAGUGAAAAUUUAGAUGAUGGUCGUUUAAUUUUAACUCACAUUCAAGAAUUAGCUCAAGCUUUGUACUUAAAUGAAAAUCCUAAUCCACAACCAUAUGUUCAAAAAAUUUUAAAACCUCCUGAAGGAGCAUUCACUCGGAUUCAUCAACCUCCUUUUCCGAAAAUCGAUACCACUCGUGUUCAAGUUAUCAUUAAUGAUGGCUUAGCGAAAAAUAGUUUAAACUCUAAGCUGUCAUCGAUAAAACCAAUGCCGCCACGUAUUGUACCCAUGGGACCUCCAAUAACAAAUUCAAAUGAUUUAAGGACUACUGUCAGUAACUCUGCCAGAAGAUUAGAGGUGUUGCGCAACUGUGUGAAUUGUAUUUUUGAAAAUAAAAUAUCGGACGCUCGCAAAACUUUUCCUGCUGUGUUAAGAGCUUUGAAAUGUCGAGCAGCAAGAUUAGCAUUGUGUACAGAACUUUCACAACAUGUUCAAGGUAACAAGGCCAUGCUUGAACAUCAACAAUUUGAUCUAGUUGUGCGAUUAAUGAAUUGUGCUUUACAAGAUGGUUCAGCAAUGGAUGAAUUUGGAGUAGCAGCUGCUCUCUUACCUUUGGCCACAGCAUUUUGUCGUAAAUUGUGUACUGGUGUAAUACAGUUUGCGUACACUUGCAUUCAAGAUCACGCUGUAUGGAAAAACCAAAUGUUUUGGGAAUCUGCAUAUUACCUAGAUGUUCAGCGAGAUAUAAAAUCUUUAUAUUCAGAUAACAACCUUUCAAAUCAAAAACGCUCUUCAUCAGGAAAUCAUACUAAUUCUCGAGAUAAUUAUAACAAAGACACUCUAUUGAAUGAUAGAUUUAGUAGGUCGCAAGAAUCAUCAGCUUUAGAAAUUGCAGCUGAACAAAUGAGACUACGUCCCUCGAAUAAUUCCGAUAAACUUAAAGAAUAUAUAUCAAGCGAAGAAUCAACAUUGUACAGUCAAGCUAUUCACUACGCCAAUCGAAUGGUAUACCUGCUCGUCCCAUUAGAUGCUGGAGGUACUAAUAUAAAAAAUUCAUCUAACCACCACCAAUCGACUAACAAAACUAUUGAUGAUGAAAGAACAUCUAAUAGUAUAACAAAUAGUGCUGUUGAUAGAUCAGGGAGUGUUUGCGAGUCUGACGUUGAAAGUGGUUUUGCCGAACCCGAACCAAAUGAAAUUGGUAACAAAGUAAUAAAAAUGGUCAGUCGCUUUGUAGAUAAAGUUUGUACUGAAGGUGAAGUCAGCGAAGAACACAUUCGUUCAUUGCACCAAAUGAUCCCCGGUGUAGUACAUAUACAUAUUGAAACAUUAGAUGGUGUUUAUAGAGAAUCGAAACGUUUGCCUCCUAUACAAAAACCAAAAAUAUUAACACCAAACAUGCUAGCAGGAGAAGAGCCGUUAAUGGACGGUUUAAGAGUGUAUUUGCUGCCAGAUGGCCGCGAAGAAGGUUUAGGUGGAUUAGUUGGUGGUCCUCCUCUUUUACCAGCCGAAGGGGCUAUUUUCAUCACAAACUAUCGAAUAGUUUUCAAAGGAACGCCAUUGGAUCCUUUUGCAUGUGAACAAAUUGUAGUAAGAGCAUUUCCUGUGACAUCGUUGACUAAAGAAAAGCGUAUCACUGUACAGUACUUAGCGCAUCUAGAUCAAUGGUUACAAGAAGGUCAUCAGUUCCGAUCGUGUACAUUCCAGUUAAUUAAAGUUGCUUUUGAUGAAGAAGUCAACGCUGAAGAUAUUGAAUGUUUUCGAAAGUUUAUACAUAAAGUGCGUCAUCCGCCCAAUGUUUUUAAUCAUUUUGCAUUCACCGGCCAAGUUCCGAUAUAUGAAAUGCCUAUGACAAAUGAUAAAGAAAAAAAUGCAACACUUAGAGGCUUUGCGAAAAAAACCUUAAUGAAAACGGCACGUAAAGCAGGAUUCAAACAGAAGAGUUCAUCAAAACGACACAAAUAUGUAUUACCUAACUUAUCGAAUAGCUCGAUUAAUAAAACUAACAAAUACAUGACCACCCCGGGUCGCAUGACACUUCCACCUUUUAACAACCCUGAUGACAUUUCUGUUAAUGAAUUUGAUAUGAACGUGCUUAGUACUCCAAGUCCUGUAUCAAAUGUUUCUGAUCCCAAAACAUUAGAGCGGGUAUCGGAAAGAAGUUAUGUUAGAGAUUGGAUUCGACUCGGUCUUGCUCCAAAAAAUACCAGUUCAACUAGUAUUAGUCAAAAGAAUCAGAACAAAGAACCGUUUAAAAUAACUACACUCAAUUCUGCAUACCUGAUGUGUCGAAGUUAUCCAGCUCUUUGGGUUGUUCCGUCGUUAAUUUCAGAUGACAGCAUUCGUAGAUUUUAUCGAAAUUAUCGUCACAGUAGGGUUCCUAUAAUAACAUGGCGUCAUCAACAUACAUCGGCACUAUUAUUACGUGGAGCAGGGUAUCACGGUAAAAAUCUCAUAGGGAUGUUUAAAUCUACACAUCCUUCGUCUUCAGGUGCUCUAAACUCGGAAACCAGUUCAUCUAUAGAGCAAGAGCGUUAUUUGUCAGCUAUUGUUGCUUCGACCCCUUUGUCAAAUCUUCGACACAGCGGAGCUACCUGGGGAUUAUCCGAUAGCAGCCUCAGCUUGAAUUCUUUUUUGUUGGGUGCCGAUGAAGAUAUGUUAUCGCUGGAUAACCCACGAGGAUCCAAACACUUGUCUAAAUCAUCUAGAGGACAAAACAGAUCUAGUGGCAACAACAAAGCAUUUGGACGCUGGGGUUCAGUAAAAGAUCGUAAUACAGGUUUGUCGAAAAAUAAUUCGUACACAAAUAUGUUCCAAGGUCAAGACAUGUCUAUCGCAGAUCAAGAAUCCAACUGCGACAGUACACCCGAGUUUCAUAGAGCCGCUUUGUAUAUACUUGGUGACAAAACUCAGAUGAAGGGCAUGAAAGGUGACUCUAUUAUGAAAAUUGAUUUUAUUCCUGUUGAAUACGCUGAUAUUAGGCAUAGUAAAACAUCAUUUAAAAAAUUAAUGCGAGCCUGUAUGCCAAGUUCUGCUAGCAAUGAACCAGAACAUUCAUUUUACAAAAUGAUUGAAAGCUCCGAUUGGCUACAACAGUUGCGAAAUAUUAUGCAAUUAUCUGGAGCCAUCGUAGAUCUGAUUGAUGUGCAAGGUUCUUCAGUAAUGUUGUGUUUGGAAGAAGGUUGGGAUAUAACGUGUCAACUGUCGUCAAUAGCGCAGUUAUGCAUGGAUCCAUAUUAUCGUACAAUUGAAGGAUUCCGCAUACUUAUUGAAAAAGAAUGGUUAGCAUUUGGCCACCGUUUCAGCCACCGGAGUAAUUUAGCUACUGCGUCUCAAGCUUCCGGUUUUGCACCUACAUUCCUCCAGUUUCUCGAUAUUGUCCACCAAAUACACAGUCAAUUUCCAUUAUCGUUCGAAUUUAAUGAUUAUUAUUUGCGAUUUUUGGCUUACCACUCUGUGUCGUGUCGUUUCCGCACUUUUUUGUUGGAUUGCGAGCUCGAACGAGUCGAGUGUGGAGUAGCGGCUGUGGAAGACAAACGUGGGUCUCUUACGUCUCAUCAUAAAAAUGUGGACACCGGAUCAGACGAUGAUAUUGUGUAUCCAGGUGGUCGUUUGGCCGGUACAAACAUGUCAUCUCAUUUCGUUCCAAACUUGGGACAAUCUAUAUUCGAUUACAUUGAAAAACACAAUGCCCGCACAUCGAUAUUCUAUAACUUUAUGUAUAUGCCAAAUACCGAACAACCAGUACUCAGACCACAAUCGUCGUUGCCCAAUUUAAAUGUAUGGCAAUAUUAUUUAAAGGAAGAAUUGGCACACGGUCCGAGUUACGAUCUAGAAAUAAUUCAAAUGGAUAUGCAGCAGGAAGAAGAAGCCGAAGCUGCGGACGGUAUAUCUCGGGAAACUUUGCGUAAAGUUAUUACAACCGGAUAUCAUAUUGUCGAGAGAUACACCCCAGAUGCUUUUAAAUAUUUAUUAGAUGACAUUCAUAAAUUAGAAACAGAACUCGGACUUCUGCCUCAAAAGUGGAAAGUGCUUUGGGACAAAUUGGAUCUUCCCAAAACAGAUUCUUUAAAGCGACAUGCUUCAUUUAGCACACAACUGGUUAGGUCUCAUGGACGAUUGUUGCAUAAACGUUCAACACUGGAAAUUCUCAUGCGAGGCAAAGUGAACAAUGCGACUUCGUCAAAUGCUGACAUGCCUCAUUCGCACCCUCAUCGUUUUGAGAAGUAUAAUUUUACUACUCCGACUUACUGUGAUUUUUGUUCUAGUCUUCUUUGGGGUCCGGUAAAGACUGGUAUGCGAUGCUGUGACUGCGGGUACAGUUGCCAUGAAAAAUGUUCAGAAAAUGUUCCGAAGGGCUGUACUAAGUAUAAGGCGGUAUCUGACAGGACGUUAACGAAUCAAAACGCAAAUAGGAACUGUGGUGAAACUGCUUCGGUGAACUCAAACAUGAACGGCAUUCAUCAGCAGUACUACGAACAGUUUUCGUCGAAUGUAGCUGAGAAUAGAACCCAUGAAGGCUACUUGUAUAAACGCGGCGCCCUUUUGAAAGCGUGGAAGCAGCGUUGGUUUGUAUUAGAUUCAAUAAAACAUCAGCUCAGGUACUAUGACUCGAUGGAUGAUUCUCAUUGCAAAGGAUACAUCGAUCUUGCCGAAGUGAUGUCAGUGUCUCAAGCAAAUCCUUCACCGGGAGCACCGAAAAAAACCGACGAUAAGUCAUUCUUUGAUCUGCGUACAAAUAGAAGAACAUACAACUUUUGCGCUAGCGAUAUGACGACUGCACAAGAAUGGAUAGAAAAAGUCCAAGCUUGCUUACAAUAGUUUUCUACUGUCAAAGAUACGCUAUUAUUUAUAUAUAUUUUAUUAUUAUAAUACAUUUGAUUAUUUGUUGAAACAAUAUUUAUUAUAAUAAUUAUUAUUUUAAAUUUUUUUUAGAAAAAAUAAUAUUGCGACGACCGAUAUGAUUAUGUCAUAAAUUAUAUGGUCUUUUUAUCAUUAAAUUUAAAUUGAAUGUGAUAGUUUUAUAUUUUGUAACUGUUUUUUUUCACAACUUCUUUUUAUUGUGUUUUUUUAGUUUUAUUAUUAUUUUUAUUAUUACUACUAUUAUUGUCUUACGCACACUAUGUUGUUGAAACGUGAAUUAUACUAAACCAACACCUCUUCUGUCUUUCCGAUGUAUUAUAAAUUACGAACAUUCAAAAGACUAAACUGUAUAAAUUAAUAGUCAUUUUAUUUUAUUUUUAAUUUACAGUGAACACUGUGACAUUACAAUUGUUAACACAAUCAAAGCUCUUAAUUUAUUUGUAUUAAUAAGUUAUUGUUAUUUUUGUUUUAUAUUUAACUAUUUCCAACACAUUUUUUUUUUUCUUUAUACAAUCAUAGGUAAAAAAGUAAUAAAGAAAUAGAAAAAAUAUGGUUUAUAACUAUCCGUGUGGUGUUCUGUGUAAGUAUAUUCCUAAACAAGUUACCGACAUAAACUAAAAAAAAACCCUGUUGUCUUUACAGAUGAUGUAAUUUUUU